AGAAACACAAUAGAUCAAGGAAAGAUAAAAACACAUGUACAAAGAAACAACAAAGUAUGUUCCCUGUUGCACACUGUACACCAUUACUAAUAAAUUACUUUCCCAUUUUACUGUGUCAAUUCACAAACAUUGUUCUCCUUUAGUGUGUCCUCCUCUGUGUCUCCACAUCCCUCCCUCUCUUUUUCUUUGCUGUCAUUCUCCCUCUGUCUGUCUGCCCCUCUGUCUCUGUGGGGUCUGCCAAUAUCUUAGGGAGCAAUGCCCCAACUGGACAGCAGGUGUGCUCUUUAGCACUGCAGCAUACAACCUACUGCAGUGCUACUAUGUCUGUGUGUGUGUGUGCUUGUGUAUAUGCGUCAGGCGUUCCUUCCAGCCUGGCCACUGCUGCUGCUGCCACUCUGCUGAAAGACAGGGGGGAGAGAGAGAACGCUGGCGGAGUGGAGGGAGAAAGAGAGGACGGGGGAUAGUCAGACAGGGAGAGAGAGAGGAAGUCCAGGCCCAAAUAAAGCCAUGGGGGCCGGGGCCAGGCUAGGCCCCCUUUUGCUAUAAAUACCCUGGCCGCCUGGAGGUUCGGGUUUGGUGGUUGGGGCUUGGGACCAGCAACCGCCACUGCUGCUGCAGCCUUCCUCAGGCGGUACUCAUCAUCCUCAUCCUGGUCAUCAGUGUUCUGGGCAUCCAAGAUGCCUCGCGUGGACAUAGACCUCAAGCUGGACUUUAAGGAUGUCCUCUUCAGACCCAAGAGGAGCAGCCUCAAGAGUCGCUCAGAGGUGGACCUUAAGAGGACGUUCACAUUCCGCAACUCCAAACAGACCUACACUGGCAUCCCCAUCAUCGCUGCCAACAUGGACACCACAGGAACGUUUGAGAUGGCACGGGUCCUCAGCAAACACACCCUCUUCACAGCCAUUCAUAAACACUACUCGGUAGAAGACUGGAAAAACUUUGCUGCUACUCAUCCUGACUGCUUAGAGCAUGUAGCUGCCAGCUCAGGCAGCGGCACUGCAGAUCUGGAGAAGCUGUGUGCCAUCUUGGAGGCCGUCCCUGCUCUCAAGUACAUCUGUCUGGAUGUGGCCAACGGCUACUCUGAGUACUUUGUGGAGUUUGUCAAGACGGUCAGAGGAAAGUUCCCCAAACACACCAUCAUGGCUGGUAACGUAGUAACAGGGGAGAUGGUGGAGGAGCUCAUCCUCUCCGGUGCUGACAUCAUCAAAGUCGGCAUCGGGCCAGGGUCUGUGUGCACGACAAGGAUCAAGACAGGAGUGGGCUACCCGCAACUCAGUGCUGUGAUAGAGUGUGCAGACUCAGCCCAUGGACUCAAAGGACACAUUAUCUCUGACGGUGGCUGCAGUUGCCCAGGAGAUGUAGCUAAGGCCUUUGGCGCAGGUGCUGACUUUGUAAUGAUGGGAGGGAUGCUUGCAGGCCAUGACCAGUGCUCUGGGGAGCUCAUUGAGAAGAACGGCAAGAAAUACAAACUCUUCUAUGGUAUGAGCUCCGACACAGCCAUGAAGAAAUAUGUCGGUGGAGUUGCUGAGUAUAGGGCAUCUGAGGGGAGGACAGUGGAGGUUCCCUAUAGAGGAGAUGUGGAGAACACCAUCCUUGAUGUGUUGGGGGGCCUCCGCUCCACCUGCACCUACGUGGGUGCCGCCAAGCUCAAAGAGCUGAGCAGGAGAACCACCUUCAUCCGUGUCACACAGCAGUCCAGCCAGAUGUUCACUUAGAAGGGCGCACACAUGUCCGCACACACAGGUUGCAUGAUAUGCAUUGUACAUUUACUGUGCAGCUUAAACAUGCAAUAGCAGGACAGUGGUAUGACACAUCCAGCAGAAUCCCGCACAGACACUUCUACAUCAUCACCCAACCUGUUCCUCUCAGGAUAUCUGUCAGAAAGCUGUUAGUCUCCUGCAGGUUGUGAUUAAAAUAAACGCAAGAGUUUUACUUGGUAACACUAUCCCAGAAGAAUCACAGCACUCUAAUCAACUUAAUCCUACAGUGAGGGCAUUUACAUGCUUACAGACACAAUAAUAUGCCAUCAUUGAAUGUACUGGAUUUCAUUUUUGAAUGGGCGCAUGCAGAUGUCCCAGUUAAUAAAGCUUGGAUAAAUUCUCAGAUCUAAUCUUUCAAAAUACUCUUUUAGCUUGGGUAUAUAGAGAAGUCGGGAUGUUUCUAGAUUAACAGCAUAUCGAGAAUAAACAAGACUGUGAGCUAUGUGAAAUACACGGGUAUAUGUAAACACACUCAGCAGGAGGAGGCUGUUACACGUGCUAAGAUAAUUUGGGGAAACUGUGUAGCUUUAUGUUGGAAAUGCAAGAAUCAAUAUGCAAGAUGUGGAGUCACCCUUUAACUGUCACUGGAGAAAUCAUGUUGCAAUAAACUGCAUGCAGGGCCUUCUGCUACUUUCCUCAGUGGUGUUGAUCAUUAUGUGAAUUUUCUCCAGACUGUGCAAAUCAUAUUGCUGAUGACAGACAACAUAAUAGUUAAUAAUCUCUCCUUAGUGUCUGUGCGCAUGUAUUGUAUGAUGUUUAAGUCUUCCUUCAUGGAUUCCACUGUGCCUGACAUUUUAAAUCAGAACUUCAGGGUAAAGUCAUGUAGAGUGAUGACACAAACACUUUUAAAUGACAAUUACAGACAGACAUUGUAUUAAUAAACCCAAAAUGAUCA